AUGACGAAAUCAGCCACUUCGCGUCCAUCGGUCUCACCCACCUUCACGGGGUUGGAAUCUGUCAACGUUACAGAACCAUUCAACGGUGAAAUGCAAAAUAGGACCGGUUCUGGUGCAGAUUCGCCAUCAUUUUCCAAUCUGAGUGUUAGAAACAGGGAAGAAACAAGAUCACGGCCGCCUUCAAUAGCUGCGCAAGGGAGACAGCCAUCCAUCACCACCACGACUGUACGAACGCCGCGCCACUGGUGGAACUACGGGUCGUUGCUAUUGGAGAAUAAGGGAUCUGUUGCUCGAGACCAUCUUGCUUCAGAGCGGACAUUUUUGGCAUGGUUGCGUACUUCGCUGGCACUGGCCUCCAUAGGCGUGGGGGUAACGCAGUUGCUCAAACUGUCUGGGACGAAAGGGAAUGAGAACAACGCGUUGAAGCGGACCAACAAGGCGCUUGGGUUAUUGUUUAUUGUUGGGGCUUUGAUCACAUUACUCGUUGGAACGCAACGCUACUUCAACAUCCAGCAAUCGCUCACCAAGAACGUGUUCCCAGCAAGCAAGUUUGGCAUUGGCUUCUUGCUCUUGUUCGUUUUUUCAGUAAGUUCACACCACACAGAUUUCUUACUUUCGAUAAAUUCUAACUGA